AUGCGGGCGGGCCGGGCUGUGCCGGGCGCCGCGGGCUGCGGCCGCCUCCUCGCGGCGGGGCUGCGGCCGCUGCUGGGCGGGCCGGGGCCGUGCUGGGCGACGGCGCGGCGGGCCGCGGGGCGGUGGCCGAGCCCGGGCCUGAGUGUGCCGCAGGCGGCCGAGGUGGAGCAGCAGGUCCUGCGGGCCGGCGGCCCCUGCGGCCGCUUCAUCGCCCGUCCGCAGCUGGCGCGCACCGUGCAGCGCUGCCUGCAGGCCGGCUCCGGCCCGCAGCCCGUCGUGCUGGAGUGCGCGCCCGGUCCUGGAGUCUUGACCCGGACUCUGCUCAAUGCAGGUGUCAGAGUGGUGGCUCUAGAAAGUCACCCAGUUUUCCUUUCAAAACUACAGUCCUUAGAGAAUAGCCUGGAUGGACAGUUAAAGGUAAUUUACGGUGAUUUCUUCAGACUGGAUCCUUUGGUUACUGGAGCAGUGAAACCACCUGCUGUGUGUUCUGACAAACUUUUUGAAGCCAUGGGUAUAGCAGCAGUUCCUUGGAGAGCAGAUGUACCUGUGAAAAUUUUUGGAAUCUUUCCACAAAGAAAGGAGAGGAACACGCUUUGGAGGCUACUUUUUAUCCUGUAUGAAUGCAGUUCCAUAUACAGAUAUGGAAGAGUAGAACUCAACAUCUUUAUAAGUGAAAAAGAGUACAAGGUAUUAACAGCAAAGCCUGGGGAACUGAGAAUUUACCAAGCACUUUCUGUGCUUUGGCAAGUGGGAUGUGACAUUCAGCUACUGCACAUGGAACCUUGGUCAUCAUUUCUAACUAAUCUGAAAAAUGGGCGACUGGCAAUUCCAAAGAGCACGAGGCUGCCAAAUGACCAUUUGUGUUUGGUACGACUGACUCCCCAGCAAAACCUAUUUACAGGGGGCUUGAAGCCUGCUAAUUCAGCUACCUUUAUUUUCAUGGUGAAGCAGUGUCUUACUAAACCCAGGUCUAAACUUACUGAUAGAUUAAACUCAUGGAGCUUGGACAAUGCUGACAAAUUAUUGAAAGCUCUAGAAAUUCCAGAAUACAUCGAAACGGGUAACGUAUACCCAGAAGACUACAAGCGUUUGUUCUGUGCUUUGCAAAACUCUAGUGUGUUCACUGAAAGCUGGUUCCAUGAUGAGGUCUUGGAAAGUAUAAGGAACAUAAACUUGUGAAUCUAAAGCUGCUGUCUUUUGGAAGAUCAUCAUUGCUUCUGGAAGAUUACUGUGAUAAGAAAUGAUUUGAAUAAAAUCGAGGUAUUAUUAGCUAGAUGGCUUCCUGUUCAAACAGGAAAAUAAACUUAACAAGUGAUAAGA